AUGUGCACUAUUUUAGCAAUCACAAAUGAGCUUAAUGUUGCCUUUCAAAAGAAGGAGCAAGAUAUUGCAAAUGCUAUGAUACUUGUUAGAGUGGCAAAAGAUCGAUUGCAACUUCUAAGAGAGAAAGGUUGGGCUUCACUUAUUGAUGAGGUAUCUAAGUUUUGUAUCAAAUACGACAUAUUGAUACCUAACUUUGAUGAACCUUAUGUUAUCCUUGGAAUAUCACGUCGUAGAGUUGCAGAGUGCAAUUUUUUUCAUCACUACCAUGCUGUAGUAUUAUGUAAAAUUAUUGAUUGGCAAUUUCAAGAACUCAAUAACCGCUUUGAUGAGGUGACAACUGAAUUGCUUCUUGGAGUUGCUUACUUGAACCCAGUUAACGUUUUUCAAGUUUUUGACAUUGAUAAGAUAUUGAGAUUAGUGAAGCUAUAUCCUGAUGAUUUUGAUAAAUAUUCUAUAGUUGACCUUCAUUUUCAGCUUGAGAAUUACAUUGUUGAUGUCAGAGAUCAUGACAAAAGGUUUUUCGAUCUUAAGGGGCUUGGUGAUCUUUCUAAGAAACUAGUAGAGACAAAGAAGCAUGAGACUUAUCCUCUUGUGUUUCGGCUAGUAAAAUUUGCUUUACUUUUGCCAGUUGCUACGGCUACGGUUGAAAGAGCUUUCUCAGCAAUGAAGUUGAUUAAGACUGACUUGCGUAAUCGAAUGGAUGAUGAGCUUUUGAGUGGUUGUUUGGUGCCUUAUAUAGAAAAAGAAUUAUUUAGUAAUAUUUCUAAUGAGGCUAUUAUGAAUACAUUUCAAAACAUGAAAACUCGUCGAGGAGAAUUGUAG